CUGAAACCUUGUCGGCUCAUACGUGGUGAUUUCUACGAUCACAUGCAAUUUUGGCCCGAGUUUUCUCGAAUGCAAAUAUUUGCAUCAAACCUUAUAGGAUGCAUCCUCCACUUACACCACAUAGACAUCCAAUGUGUCUUGAGAUAAUUGAGGAAUUUCAAAAGUGUCAUAUAGAUCAUCCGAUUGGGAAAUUCUUCGGAGAAUGUACAGAGCUGAAAGUAAAGCUUGAUCGAUGUUUCCGCCAAGAGAAAGCUGUGAAGCGGAAAGUGAAUUUUGAACAAAGCAAGAAACUUCAAGAAAGACUGAAAGCUGUAAGGAAAGAAGAAGCCGCAGAGACUUGAUCAUCCUUGGAUACUAAUCCUAUAAAGAACAUAUGUCUAU